AAACGAUUCAUUCUUUCAGAUUUUUGAGAAAUGGCUGCAAGAAAUGUUCUUCAACAGCAAAACAGAGGUGAGGCAGUCCCUGGAGCCAUAAAGCAGAAGAAUAUGGCAGGAGCACAAGGGAGAAACCGCAAGGCGCUUGGUGAUAUUGGGAAUAUGGUAACGGUGCGUGGUGGGGUCGAGGGGGGAAAGCCGCUUCCUCAAGUAUCUCGCCCCAUAACAAGGAGCUUUUGUGCACAAUUGCUUGCUAAUGCACAAGCUGCAGCUGAUAACCAGAAGAAAUCAAUGGUUGUUAAUGGCGAUGGACCGAUUGUUGCUAACGGAGCUUUACCAGCUAAAGCUGCACCAGUAGCAAGAAAACCAGCUCAGAAGAAAGCAGCAGCUAUUGUAAAACCAAUGCCUGAGGUGAUCGAAAUUAGUCCUGAUACUGUUGAACAAGUGAAGGAAAAUAAGCAAAAGAAGAAGGCUGCUAAUGACUCUUCAAUGAAGAAAGCAGCAACUCUUACUUCAACUCUCACUGCUAGGAGUAAGGCUGCCUGUGGUCUAAGUCAUAAAGUAAAGAACCAGAUUGUGGACAUUGAUGCUACUGAUGUGAAUAAUGAAUUGGCAGUGUUGGAAUAUGUUGAGGAUAUUUACACCUUUUAUAAGAUAGCUGAGAAUGAGAGCAGAAUUCAUGACUACAUGGAUUCACAGCCUGAGAUAAAUGAAAAGAUGAGGUCUAUUCUGAUUGAUUGGUUGAUUGAGGUACAUCAAAAGUUUGAGCUAAAUCAAGAGACUCUUUACCUCACCAUCAAUAUCGUUGAUCGUUACCUUGCUGUAACGACUACAUCAAGGAGGGAAUUGCAGUUAGUAGGCAUGAGUGCUAUGCUCAUUGCAUCCAAAUAUGAAGAAAUUUGGGCACCUGAGGUGAAUGAUUUUGUGUGCAUCUCAGACAGAGCUUAUGAUCAUGAGCAGGUUUUAGGAAUGGAAAAAAGGAUUCUUGGACAAUUGGAGUGGUACUUAACGGUACCAACGCCUUAUGUGUUCCUUGUUCGAUUCAUCAAGGUUGCUGUUUCUGAUGCACACGCGAAUGUUGCUGUCUUGAAUUCUUGCAAUGUGACCUCAAUGGAAAACAUGGUUUAUUUCUUGGCUGAAUUGGGAUUGAUGAAUUAUGCUACGAAUAUCUACUGCUCGUCGAUGAUUGCUGCCUCAGCAGUCUAUGUUGCUCGACACGCGCUGAAUUGUAGUCCUUUUUGGAAUGAGACACUGAAAUUGCAUACUGGUUUCUCAGAGUCUCAGCUUCUAGGUUGUGCUAAGUUGCUGGUGAGUUAUCAUAUGGAGGCACCACAACACAAGCUAAGGGUGAUUUACAGGAAGUAUUCGAGUUCGCAUAGAGGUGCUGUUGCACUGAAUCCUCCAGCCAUUUCCCUGUUGGCUCUUCAUGAAUAAAAAGGAGAGAGGGCUUAGCUUUAGUUUUAAAGUUUUCUUAUUUCAUUUAAAACAAUGCAUUGAAAUUUGUAUCUGCUGUCCUAAAGGAAUCAUUUCAGUUCCUUGGUGAUAGAUUUGUUUUGAGCAAUUUGGAAGCAAUUUAUUUGAUCAACAA